UUGAUGUUUUGUUUCUUGCUGAACGAUGUGAACUGUAUCGUCUCCGGGACGGGUUGAUAUUUUCUGUCGUUGUCUUCUCCGCUUUUACUUUGUCCCCUUUUUUUUUUCUCGGUGAGGUUUCACCGCCCGUCGGCAUCGUGUCUCUCCCGGUGUCUCUCCCGGGAAGCGCGAGGCCAAGUCGUGCGAUGAUGGAGGAUUUUGACGAGAUCUACGAAGAGGAGGAGGAGGAAGAGGAGGACGAGGACAGGGCCGCGGAGGAACAGCUCCUUAAGUACGCUCCGGACCCGGUUGUGGUGCGAGGGUCCGGCCACGUCACUGUGUUUGGUUUGAGUAACAAAUUUGAGUCAGAAUUUCCUUCAGCACUUACGGGAAAGGUGGCACCAGAGGAAUUCAAAGCCAGUAUCAACCGUGUGAACAGCUGCCUGAAGAAGACACUGCCUGUGAAUGUGCGGUGGCUCCUGUGUGGCUGCCUCUGCUGCUGUUGCACGCUGGGCUUCAGUUUGUGGCCUGUCAUCUGCCUCAGCAAGAGGACAAGAAGAUCAUUAGAGAAGCUUCUGGAGUGGGAAAAUAGCAGACUUUACCACAAGUUGUGUUUGCAUUGGAGACUAAGCAAAAGGAAGUGUGAAACCAACAACAUGAUGGAAUAUGUAAUCCUAAUAGAGUUCUUACCUAAGAUCCCCAUCUUCAGACCGGACUAGCCCGACUCUGGCUGAUCCUAAAUCUCUAUUGCUGCCCACAUUGGCUGUCAAGCUCCUGAAUAGAUUACCCAACUCCAAAUACUCCAGGAUUUUUGUUUACAGGGUAGCAUUGAUCCUCCCAAGACCUGCAACAUAUACUUCCUCCACACCCUUGUUUACAACUCCAGUAUCCUAACGCUUUUUGGACUGUCUUCACCACAAGCUAUUUGGUAAGCUGGCUCACCGUCCGGCCAUGCUAACCACCAGCAGCCUGUGGGAUGUCCGUGGAGAACCAGCCGAGGGGCACUUUGAAUCUAAAGACAGAGAAAGGACUCUGAAAAUGGACUUCAAUGAGCUACAACUGGAAUAAUGUCACUUGUUUGUUCCCUUCCCUAAACACAUGGCACAAUCAGACCAUGAUGAAACGAACACCUUCUGACACACAGAGUUCACCUGCAAAAAAAAAAAAAAAAAAUGACACCACUGUGCUAUUGUAACAGCUGGUUUGGAGCUCUGGAUCAUUACUGGAGUCUGUGGAGGCAAAACAACGUAGAACUCAGAAGGAACCUUCAUCCAAACCAACCCUGCAGCUGACAGAGAGUCGCACAGGAACAUGUUGGGACAGCUGAACUCAAUAUUGUCAUUCUCCACAUCACCCUGAACAUCCUUAUGCUCUGUCCUCUUUUCAUAUCUCUCUGCACACUUCACCGUGCAUCACCAAGUGACAAUCACACUCUCUGACUGUUCUCUACGUAUGUGUGAAUGGGGCUUUAUGCGACACACUUCACUUUUUUGUUUCAACAUUACCUGUAUCCAACCAGCUACCUGGUAAGUGCUACUGAGUCGCAGUGGAACAAGUGAAAAGAAGGCCAAGAGAAGAAACCCUUUUUUCUUUUUUUCUUUUUUAGUAUUGUGAGUUUCAUUCACUAUUUUGGUGAAAGAGAGGCUGUGUGUGUGUGUGUGUGUGUGUGUGUGUGUGUGUGUGUGUGUGUGUGUGUGUGUGUGUGUGUGUGUGUGUGUGUGUGUGUGUGUGUGUGUGUGUGUGUGUGUGUGUGUGUGUGUGUGUGUGUGUGUGUGUGUGUGUGUGUGUGUGUGUGUGUGUGUGUGUGUGUGUGUGUGUGUGUGUGUGUGUGUGUGUGUGUGUGUGACAGUAACAAGCAAAAAAAAAAAAAAAAACGAGACAAAUCAGAUAAGAGAUGAAUCUUGACUCUUUGAAGCAGGGGGCUUUCUUUUACCCGUUACUUUGCCAUAACAAGUCUUUGUUUUUUUUUGUUGUAGUAAUUUAUACAUGUGAGUGCACUAUAUGGAAUAUUUGCAUUCCUGACACAGGCCUCGUUCUUUUCUUCUGUUUUUUAUUUUUUAUUUUUUUUACUUGAGAUAUGCCAUGUUUGUUUCUUUAUUGACUUUAAUGGUCGUGUCAACACUAAAGCACACAAUCGCUUUGUCCUUCACAGCUUCUCAUGGCCUCUUAUUUCUUAUCUGCUGACCUUGACGCAUCCACACAUGACUCAUCAAGUCACAGAUAUUACCCUUAUAACAGAUUCGCUCUCUUUAAUAUGAUCAUACUCACUGGGUUCACAGGUCUGUGUGACCUAGUGGGCUAGGCGUUACAUAAUACAAGGGUUCUGUAUCAUAAAGCAGGAUAAGUGAAGUCAGCUUGUUAGCUGAAUUUUAAAAAAAUAAGUACCUAACCCUAACCCUGUGAUAAGUAUUUCUACAUACAAAAUGUAGCAUUGAAAAGUGCCAGGUUAAUGUUCAGAAGUUAAGCCAUGGGGUCGACUUUACGGCCAAGGUCACACAUUACUUGAAAGACUGUAAAGUGAUGCAUUUGGAAUAAAAUAAUACUCCUUAGGAUAAGAGAACUAAGUUUGAUGUUUUCCCAUAAAAGAGUCAAAGAUGCGCGCGCACACACAAGCCACAGAUUCACGAGGCUCACACAUCGUGUUGGUUUGGACCCACAUUCACUUGAUCACCACUGGGUUGCCUAGUGGCUCAUCAGUCACCUUUCUAUACUUUUGGUCGUCGUCUGCUCUGUGUAAAUCAAGGCAUGAGGCCAUACGCAGGUUUGUGUGUGUGUGUGUGUGAGAAUGUGUGAGGUGUACGUAGAUGCAAAUGUCCUUCAUAGAUCUCAGACUGUGAUUGAACCUUGCACAGAGAAUGAGUCCUUUUUUAUAUAAUCUGAAGUGUUGUGUGUGUGUGUGUGUGUGUGUGUGUGUGUGUGUGUGAUAGAAUGAUAUAUGUACAUAUGACUCCUGAGCAGGUGUAUGUACAGUAAUAAACUACCAAUAAACAAGGCUAUGGGCAUCCUCCUCUGUAA